AACCCUUCAUUGGAUAAGCAAUAUAUCAGCAUACUCCCACCUACGCCACGUUUUCACUGGGUCUAAUAGACAUUCUACAUAUUCAAUUAGGCUGUGGAGCUGCAAUGUUUGGCUACUCCCUUUGAACAUCUGUUUCGGAGGCGUACGCUGUCUUGCAGGACUGCCAGUUUUAUAUGUAGUGUAUUUUCUGCGGGGGGGAAAAAAAAAAAAAAAAAAAAAAAAAAAAAACAACAAAAGAAAAACAUUGUAUUUCAUAUUUUAUACUAGACGCUCUGGUCAGUAAAUGUCUGUACAGUACCUACAGUGUUAUUGAUUCAUUUUGUAAUCAGCAUUGCAAAGCAAUUUUUAAAAUGUAUUUAUUUAUUUAUUUAUUUUUACAAUCGGCUAAUCAUCCCGCAAGAGAGCACGUCUGACUGCAUAGAUUCUUCCAGGGCAACAUUAAUUGUCCCAAGCGACAAGGUUAAGAAAGUAGAUUCCGUGAAAGAUACUUGCAUUUGCAAUCAUGAAAGUUUGAACGAACAUAAACAGACUGAAGAGAUUUUAAAGAACCAAUCCUCCCACGUAUUCCUGUAUCUGAAAACAUACGUGCUAACCCGACAGUCAUGUGCUGGUAAUUUUGAGUUAACAGGACCCGCUUGUAUGUGAAUGCAUUGGACUCGAAGCUGGGAGGUGUUUUACAAACGUCAUUCUGCGAAAGAUUACAGCUGAAAUGAUCUGGAGAUUAUAUUUGAAACCAGUCCAGAUUCCUUAUACUGUCAAUUCCCCAACCUGCAGGACUCUAACUAACUCCUCUUGGCUGAAAUUUGAUUGUUACAACCUGUCCAUCAACAUGAAAGGGUUCCAGCUUUUUUUUCUACUUGUUCUUCCCCUGGUGAGCACCAUGCAUUCUGAUUGCAUGAUAAAAAGGGACCAAGAACUUUGCCUGGAGAAGAUCCAACAGGAACAUAACUUUGAUGAUCCUACCAUAGGAUGUCCUGGGAUGUGGGAUAACAUCACCUGUUGGAAGCCUGCUAAGAUUGGGGAAGUUGUUGAAGUCCCCUGUCCAGAGUUUUUUGGAAUUGUAGGUUCUGAAGAUGACUUUGUGCACAUCAGCAGGAACUGCUCUGAAUAUGGCUGGUCAGAACCUUUCCCACAUUAUUAUGAUGCUUGUGGUUUUAAUGAGAAUGAAACCGAUCAUGAGGAUCUGUAUUUUGUGUCAGUGAAGGCUCUGUAUACAGUUGGAUACAGCACAUCCCUAAUCUCUCUCACGACUGCAAUGGUGAUUCUCUGUCGUUUCAGAAAACUUCACUGCACCAGGAAUUUCAUUCACAUGAACCUUUUUGUGUCAUUUAUUUUACGAGCCAUAUCAGUUUUCAUUAAAGAUGGAGUCCUCUACGCUGAAGAGGAAAAUAAUCACUGUGUUUCAACAAUUGAAUGUAAAGCAGUGAUGGUGUUUUUCCACUACUGCGUCAUGUCAAAUUACUUCUGGCUCUUUAUUGAAGGGCUCUACCUAUUUACCUUGCUGGUGGAGACCUUCUUCCCUGAACGGAGAUAUUUUUAUUGGUACACAAUCAUUGGAUGGGGGACUCCUACUGUCUGUGUCACCACCUGGGCUGUGCUUAGAUUACACUUUGAUGACAAUGGGUGCUGGGAUACGAAUGAGAGCACUGCUUUGUGGUGGGUGAUUAAAGGACCUGUUGUUGCUUCAAUUAUGAUAAACUUUGUUCUCUUUAUUGGAAUUAUAAUUAUCCUUGUGCAAAAACUACAAUCGCCUGACAUUGGAGGCAAUGAAUCCAGCAUGUACUUCAGCUGUGUUCAGAAAUGCUACUGUAAGCCUAAGAGGGCUAACCAGCAUUCUUGCAAGAUGUCAGAACUAUCUACCAUUACCCUGAGACUGGCCCGUUCAACUCUUCUGCUGAUCCCACUUUUUGGAAUUCAUUACACGGUGUUUGCAUUUUCCCCCGAGAAUGUGAGUAAAAAGGAACGACUCGUCUUCGAACUUGGUCUCGGAUCAUUUCAGGGGUUUGUUGUUGCAGUUCUGUACUGCUUUCUGAAUGGGGAGUUUCUCCCUAAAGGUGCAGUCAGAAAUAAAGAGGAAAUGGAGGAGCUGGAAAGUCAACCGGUACUUUGCUGUGGAUUUAAAACAUCGUCAUCCAUCACUGGCGAGCAGCGGAGUGAACGGGGGGACGCAACUGUCAAUUCUGAGCAAGAGCAGCUCUCAGAUUCGGAUGUCGAGCAUAAAUGCGGAGAACCUGCCGACAUGAAGUGUUAAAGGGUUCCACUGUAAAUCAAUCCUGCAGGAAGUAAAAGCUUGCAGCACCACAUUCCUGGUGCCUAAGAGUGAGACAAACAAGAAAGAGUAAUGAAAGGAUCAUUAAUGUAUAUAUCGUACUAUUAAAAGAUGCAUCCCAUUUUAUGAAAUUCUACAUUCAAAUUCAUCGAAUUUCAGGUGAUGUACUGUGUAUAAGAAAUUGAUAUUGUGUUUUAUCUGGUGUGCAGUCAUCAAUCACAAGCUUACAAUCUCAUAAGAUGCAGAAUUAAAACAUCAAUGAAUGUUUCUACAAAUGCAUAUUAUGAAAAUUAUCAGAACCCCUAAGUCUGGUAGACAUAGUCAGUCUUAUUUUCAAAUGGGAAAUGAGAAGCCUGGUACCUAAAAAUCUGUGGGUUAUUUUGUUUGCACACUUGCUAAUUUUUCUUGCUGACAUUACCUGGACCCUAGCAUCUGUAAAUCCACAUUUCUGAAGGGGAAUUGGCUAAUUACAGAUUCCCUUCAAUAUAUAUAUAAAAAAAGCUGUUUUAUUUUAAUUUUUUUGUUCUCCUAUUUGCGUACCGUGGAUAGAAGUGUUAAAGAAGAAGAGUUGUGUGUUUUCUCCUGGUUUCUAGGGAAAAAAAGCACAUUAACCUGGCUGAUUAAGUUGUUUGUAAGCUUGUAGUAUUUACUUAAUUUACAAUAAAUGUUCUGACUUUAAGAUAAUUUAUUAUAACUGUCUGACUUUGUCAUGUCUAGAAAGAUGACCAUGUUCAGUUUGACUGUAGCUUACAAACAAAAGAGUAUUUCUGUGAUGUUUAUGUAUUUCUACAAGCUGCAGCUACCACAAACCCACUCAGAAAAAUAUAUGUUUGAUAUUGAAGCCAAUAUACUACAGAAGUCAAUUAAGAGUAUCUGAACAGUUACAAAUGUCAGCUGGGUUUAACAGCAUAUAGAUCUUUACUGUAAAAAAAAAAAAAAAAAAAAACAUGUACAUACUAGUGCCAUUGUAAAUAAUGUAAGCAGAAAUAAUUUCUGCUUAUGGUGUUUUAUCCUGGGUUUAUCGUGGUGCCGGUGUCUAAUAUAAACCCGCAAUAUAACAAGGGCACCGUGAUAUGCAUUUAUUGUUUUUUAUUGUUUUACAGAUUUAGUAAAUAAAAAUGGGCAAAUAUUCUAUGCUACAGGGCAAACUAAAUACUGCAACAGUAGUAACUAAAUCUAAAUUAAAAAACAAAAAAAACAAUCAGUGACUUACUUUUGUUGAUAAAUAGAGUAACAUAGCCUGCAGAUAAACAGUUCACAUUUGGAAAGCAAUCAGUUACUUCCCUCUGCUUGUUCUUGUUCACAUCUAUGUUCUGUAAGAUGUGCAUUAUACUGUGAUUUGCCAACUUUGAAAUCAUGAGCAACAUCCACUUGUUAGCUCCACUUUUCACUCGCUCAGCAGCUUUCAGUUUUUCUUCUACAGCUUUGGUUUCAACAUAUCUGUUCUACAUAUGUAUAUGUAGACAGACGGUUAAGCACCAGGCAGCAAAAUGUUAAACUGCCAAAAGUUCAACAGUAGUCUGAUGGGGUCAUUAAUAUUCAGAAGCAUGCGCAGUUCAUUCCUACUGGUGACAUUUUAAAAACUGUUGAAAUGGGCAGCCAACUCCGGAACCACACGAUGGGUUUAAUUUACGAAUGGGCACUAAAUAUAGCUGUAACACACAUAUUAAGUAGUGAGCCUAUAAAUCAAAAUAUAUUGUGCCAUUUAUGAACAAAGAACGCAUUCAUUUACGUGCUCGCUGUUAGGCUAAUUUACAUACCAUAGCAUGCACACUACAUGUAUUGUAAGUGAUAAUUUAAUGUGCAUGAUGAUGUCCAAGACUUACAAGUGACCACCGUGAUAUAAAAAGCCCCAGCAGUCCAGGUGUAUCUUUUGGUCAGUGGCUUACUGUGAAAGGGGGAGGUAGCUUGCAAAUGACUGAUCAGUUGAUGCAGCCCUCCCUCCUCAGGGGACAGGCAGAGGCAAUGCAAACUGAAACUGGCAGUCAUGAACGUGCACACUAAUUGCAAUUAUGGUGCACCAUAGUUUAGUGCCCUUUCAUAAAUGAGGCCCUAUGUCUCAGUUUAUUGAGGCUCUGUAUAUUGAGAGAUGGGUGUACUAGCACUCUUUCAUUGUAUGUUUAUCCAGCAUGGGUUUUAUAAACUGUUCUGUAUAAAAUAAAAAUACAGUGACAUGAGGUUUGAAAAAUCUGCUUUAUAAAUUGUAGGAUGUAAAUAAAGAUCUGCAACUGUUAAAAUGAUUAAAAUAUAUUUGAGUGUCUAAAACACAUUGUGUAAGGAGACACUUUGCCAAAAAGAAUAGAAUUCUCACGAUUAGGGGUCAUGAGAUCUUCUGUAAAUAUUAUGUAGACUUCUGUGUUCAUGUGACAUUCAUAUGGCACUCUGACCUUUCUUUAAAACAAAUGCUACUGGAGUCCAAUCUGUAGAGUUGCUGUCAAGCAAAAUGUCUUUGUAUUUUUUUUUUUUUUUAAAUAAAAGUGAGGUAGCUGCAUACAAUGAUUUACCUUUAGUAUUUGCUGUUUUAAAAAAAAAAAAAAAAAAAAAAAGUUUCUUUGUAUGGCUUUAUGAAUUGGUUUUAUUCUGUAAGGAAUGAUAACCAGAGUUGUGAUUUUAGUAAUUGUUUGUUUAUUUGUUUGCUGUGCUCAUUUUUGGGAAAUAUUUAACUAGUGUUUAUUGAAUGUGGAUAUUGUUAUUUUAUUUUACCAAGGGGAUGUGUUUUUUUUCUGUGACAUUGGUAAAUAGUUACAGGUAAAAUUAAUACAGCCUUGCAGUGUUUCACAAGUAGUAUUAAAUUAAAUGCUUACUGUAUAUAUUGCUCUCCAUUCUAAAUUCCUGGAAUGGAAGUAUUUCUAUAAGUACAUUUCACUGAGAGUGUGGGCCAUUAGAAUGAGGCUUUUGCUUAAACUAGUCUGAAUAUUUAAGUUGCUUCUCAAUGUGUUUAUACCACUUGUUUUUGCCUUUCAAUCAUUUUGCCGAGAAAAUCUGCUGUUUUCAUUUGUUUUUAAUUUUGGUUUUCUAAUUUUAGUUCCCAAAGUGCCUUUUGGUGAAAGUAUGGAAUUUAAUUAGUAUUCUGGUGAGUAUUUUGGUUUUCUGAGAAAUAUAUAAAACCUAAACCAUACCAUAUAGCCAAGUGCUUUUAAUAUACUUAUGUAAUAAACCAAGAGGCCUUUUAAAAUGUGUCAGACCAUUUAAAAAUGUUUUAAUUUCAACAGCCCCAUAGCUCCUUUUUAAUUGAUAAAACUAAUGGAAAUGUUUCACCAUGUACAUUAUACAUAAUAAUGUUAAACUCAGUCUUAAAUGUAUUUAAAGUCACACAUGUUACAUUAUAUGUAGAGUGUGUUGUGGCCACCCCUUGCAAUGUCAAUGUUAGGAGCUUUUGAUUACAAAACUGUUUUGGUUUUUUUUUUCACUUUUUAAAAAUACAUAAUUAUUUCAAGAAGGCAGGACCCUAACCUAAAUGAUCAUAGUAGUUCUACUAAUUUAUAGAACAGUUUAUUACUAACAAAUCAGUAAAUAUGUUGCUCAUACAAGCAAACUGUCUUAUAGGCAGAUAUAUUAUAGUCACAGUAUGUGCAGAAUGCAUAAAAUCAUAUUCCUUCGACAGCGGUAUAGGAACACCUGGUCAUAGUAACAGAAGUAACAGAGACAACAUUCUUUAAAUAAAUAGAUUUUGCCUGGUUGAAAUAAAUCAUGACUUGAUUUGGCCAAUGAUGAUGUCAGCUGCACAUAUGAGGUGCAAUGAUUUAUUUGGAGAUUGGAUGAUCAGAAUUUUAGAAUUUUCAUACCACAGUCCAGCCUUUUUUUUUUUGAUUACUCACAAAAUAUCUUAUGUUGACAUUCUGUAAAUAUCCUAUAAGGCUCUAAAUGUGUUUCAUAUUAUUCAAUACACACACACACACACACACACACACACACACACACACACGCACACACACACAAUGGAGGUUUUGGGUUCAUGCACACAACUAAUACUAUUCAUAAAAAAAUUCGAACUAAUGUAGAUUUAAGUCCCUUUGUGUAAUAUAUUAUUCUAAAAAGCUAGUUACUUUAUAGAAGUAAACUGUUUCUUAUGUUUUUGUUAUAUUUUACUGUUUGUUCAAAUAAAUUGGUAUGAACAAUCAGCUGCCUAGUUUAACAGUACUAGUAGUUGUGUUGUAGUUGUAAGUGAUACUGUUGCAAAUGUACUGCCUAAGUGUCACCAUAUAUAGACAGAAGCAUGCAUCUAUGGUGUUCCACUGACUUUUCAAGUAACUGUGCUGUCGUAACUACUACACUGUGUAGGCUUUGCAGAAGUAUUUUUAAUAGAAAUUGCAUACAAUAUUCUUUUGUUUGGAUACACAAAGUGGCCCCGUUCAAUCAACAUGUAUCUAGUUAUAGGAAAACACAAAUCUAUGCAAAAAAUACAGUACAUUUGGAUCUAUUUAACUUUUUAAAUUUACACUGAAAGUGUUAAUUGGUUUGGGGACCAAAACACAUUUUAGAGCUAUGACACAGGAGUCCAGAUAAGAAAAGUAAACCACCAGUGAUGUAAAGUACUAACUAUAUGUUGUGCAUGCAUUACAUAGUUCUGCUGUACAGUAAUUCAUGUUUAUUUACUAUAGUACACACAAACCAGCUAACAUAGUAAGUUUUAAACCAUAGACAGAAAAUGACCCAUGUGUUCAAACUGUUCAAUUAAAACUAGAAUAGUUAGGCAUCAUCAAUUGGAUGUUCUGCUUUGAUUAAACAUGACGGAUAACUCCAUUUGCAUAUUGCAUGAUUUAAUACAAGCAAACAGAUUGUUUCCACAAAUUGCCUGGUAUUAUACAGUUCUAUAAAUGCACUUGACUGCCACUGCUGAUUGCUAAAUGCUUUUGGUUCCUACUCCAAUCAGACUCACCUUGAGAUUUGAAAACAAAAGAGCAUUCGUGCAUACUGUAGUUAAAUGAACAUGUGUAUUGUGUACUAUACGUAAUACUGAAAGAAUUGUAAUUAAUUAAAUCACAGACGUUUCCACUAGAAGUCUUUCUUCAUGUCUUCAAUGCUAAAGAAAGUGGCUAUAUUUACAAUGACUUUUUGCAAGCCAAAACAGUAUGUUCUUUUCCCAUUAUUCAUUAUGUUGUCACGCACAGAAUAAAAAAUAAUAAUAAUUAUGAGGUGCAUGAUAAAAGGUAGUACAAACAGUAGUUGUUUUUGCUUGAAAAAUAUUAAUAUGAUUAAUAUUUUUUUAAAAUAUUCUUAGUUUUAACAGUUUAUUUAAUGCAUCACUGUUUUUUGUAGUACUAGAAACAGGCUUUCAUAACACUCCGUUUGCAGACUUGUUUUUCAUAAAAUCUAUAACAGUAAUUAUUUGUCGAUCUAGUGUUUGCCUACCUUAAUUGAGCAUUGUCUCCCAAUUGCAGAUAAUUAUCAUUUAAAUGUAUACAAAUAUAUUAGUAAGGUGUUUGUGCUAUUAAUUCUAGCCUUCUUUCAUGUAACUCUUUCACACAUGAAAAUGAAUCAACCAGUGUCUUGAGAUGUAUUCAUCCAGACAUAAAGCCCUAAUUUAUACAUUUUAAAAUCAUUGUAAUCCUUGAAGAAAGCAUAAACAGCGGGAUUGUUAAAAAAUGUACCCGUGGUAUACAUUCUCUUAUAAGCUGCCAAUGCCUGUAGCACCCCAUCCAGAUUGAUGAUGAUAUUCCACCUGCAAUCUUCCUCUAUGAUGUCGGCUUUUCUAAUAGGUAGGAUUUUGUACAUUUUAUAAGGACAACAGGUGGUACAGUGGUAAAAUAGGUGCUUUACAACCAGUGUUGAGAGUCAAAUUCCAAUUUUGUUCUUUUCAUUAUACUUUUUUUCAUAAUAAUAAUAAUAAUAAUAAUAAUAAUAAUAAUUUUAACACAAGCAAUGCAAGCUUAUAUUUCAUAAAUAUCCAAAAAAGCAUAUUUUUUCUUAUUUGACGCACCAGGUAAAACAAUGCCUAUGUUAAUUACAUGUACAUAAAAAAGAGAAAAUUUAAACUAUGGGAUAGGCUGUAGCUUACAAAGUAGUUAGAUUACUGCUUUAGCAACAUCAGAGCUUUACAGAAUGGACAGAAUACCCCGUUAAAGCAAUAGAUUUCAAAGAAGCCUUCAGUAGUGAGUGGGAGAUCUGCCUCUUAUACAAACUUCAUUUACAAAAUCAAUGUUCUAAAUAUAUAAGUAAUUGUUAUAAUAGACAACCUGUUUUUUAGAAGUCUGAGCUAUUUUGUUUUGCUAUGUUUGUUUUGUUGAUUUAUUUUACUAUACCGUCUACUCUUAAGUUUAACCGUUGUACAGUAACAUUGUCCCACCUGCACAACACAGACAAGUCUGUUGCAAACUCAUCAGAAAUGCAAGAAACCAUACACUUUAUCCUAUUACAAAGGUACCAUCCCUUUGUUUCUGUUGUAAACAUAGCCAUUGAGAACGACUUUGAGGCAGUUUCUCAAAGAUAUUCACUCCAAUUUUUUUUCAGGAAUUACAAUUGCAAAACAAAUAAGAAAAAUUGUUCAGUAACUUUGCUGGGUGCGUUCUUCCUUUCUGAAAAAAACAAAUAUGCUGAAGAUUUUUGACAAUCGAACUCUUGCAGUCUAAACUUUUGUCAUUAAGUGUACUAAAAAGCAUACUGAAGAAACCCAGAAUUAGACUGUAAAACUGUAUUUUUUGCAUAGCAUGGAGUAGCUAUUUCUAAACAAUGUGUUUUUGUACUGCCCCACCCCCCUUCUGUCAAGAGUCAAAAUUGUAGCAUGUUUGUUCAAAUAUGUUAGUUAAGGUUAGGGACUGGAUGGUACCCAACAGCAAGUAAUCUACUGUAGGGUAAUGAGGCCCUGCAUCUGCCUGUACGCUGUGUAUGUGAGUUUAUAUUGGUAGUAUCAACUGGAGAUUGAAUAUGUAAGCAAUCAACCAAUUAAAUUAAACAUUUCUACUGGAAACAGCCAACUAGAAACACAAAUGGUAAUGUGGACAAUUUUGAUGUAAUAUUUUAAAAGUUGAAUGUGUUUCAUGAACAGACAGUGUGUCAAACAAUGCUUUUUCUCUGUUUUAUGUUGGGAUUGUUUGCCUGCUGUUUUUUCACCGUGGUGUAAAUGUGUAUUUGUUUGAGGUAUAUGUUUUGUACAUUUUUGAAAUAAAUUUAAUUGCAUUAAAUGUUUUUGACAGUGGAAAUUUGACUCACAGUUUUUUGUUUAAAGGAAUGGGCGCUCACUUGGUUCAUGUGGGUUGUUCUUCUGUAAUCGAGUGCGGUUUGGUUUUUUGGAAUCAUAUUGUAUGAGAACAAACACUGUCCUCUUUAGAAUUUAUUAGACUGAAACCUCUUCAAACAAUUUGCAACAUGAUCCUUAAAUGACUAUUCAUGAGUAUCUAUAAUUACUGAACAUUUCUAUUUCUUGA